UUAUUUUCUCGCGAACCAGAAAUCUGACCAUGUCUGAAGCAAAACAGCAGAAACCUGGAGGAAGGUGACUGAACUGGUAUCAGUGUGAAAGAGGUUUACAAGUUAAAACAUGUUUCUGUGUUCGAAACUAAUGUUUGUGCACAUUUUUGCCAGGAAUCGUUUCCACAGACAACAUUACAGCCACAAACAGAGCAGAAUGCGUUGAGGAUCUGACAGAGCCGGAUGCUGUAAUCGGACACUCUUUGUCUCUGGAUCCAGCAGAGGAGUAUAAGAUGACCAACAAACGUCGAGGCCUCGCCAUCAUUUUUAAUCAGGAGAGAUUCUUUUGGCGUCUGGGCAUGAAUGACAGAUAUGGAACCAAUAUCGACUGUUACAACUUGGAAAAAAGGUUUAUGGACCUAAAUUUUGAAGUAAAGACAUAUAACAACUAUAAACAAGAGGAAGUCUUGGACAAAAUUAGUAAAGCUGCAGAGGCCAACCACUCAGAUGCAGACUGCUUUGUGCUCAUCUUCCUGAGCCACGGUGACUCCGAUCAUGUUUAUGUCUACGACGGUAAGAUCAGCGUGGAGCACAUCAUGUCACUCUUCAAAGGAGACAAGUGCAAGACCCUCGUGGGAAAGCCGAAGAUCUUUAUAUUACAGGCAUGCCGUGGCGAAAAGCACGAUGAGCCGGUGUUCUACUGUGACAACGUAGACAGUGAGCCGAAGAUGAUUGACAUGGUGGACUACGGGGUCAUGCACACCCUUCCUGCUGGAGCUGAUUUUCUCAUGUGCUACUCUGUGGCUGAAGGUUACUAUUCCCACCGAGAUACAGUCAAUGGCUCCUGGUAUAUCCAGGAUCUCUGUCAGCUUCUUCAGAAGUUUGGGCAUUCUCUGGAAUUCACGGAGUUGCUUACACUCGUCAACAGGAAAGUGUCGAUGAGGAGCGUUGCAUGCAGCAGCAGCCAAGCUGCCAUCGGGAAGAAGCAGAUACCCUGCUUCGCUUCCAUGCUCACUAAGAAACUCUACUUCCGGCCAAAAAAGUAAUUGAAAGAUGUCAGCUGGUUUUAGAAUACCAAAGGAAGGGGUAGGCGGGGUCUAGUGACUACACACUUCCAAAGAAAUGUCAAUUCUCUACUAUAUACACAACACUACAGGAAUCAUAAAUAAUUCUGAAAUAACAGGAACGUUUAUCUACUUAUUAGUGAGGGAGUCCAAACACAGUUGACUUGUGGAAUGUCAUGUAAGUAGACACCAGAAUUUUAUUUACUUUACCAAGUAUCUUCAAGAAAAAACAGUUUUUUAUUGUUGGGACAUGUGAAUCCUUGAGUGGGUCUCUGAGAGAGACCCACUCGAGGAUUUCAAGGAACACCACUUUUUGUGUGUUUGCAUUUGUACCAUAGGUGCGCACCCUCCUUAUAUUGUUGAUUGGGAUUGGCCAAAUGCAACUACCAAUCAACAUUUACACAUUUUUCAUUGGGACAGUCUUUAAAUUAAUAUUUUCAGCUCCAAUUUGGGAUUCAGUGUCUGGGCAUUCCCUUCUGCCAAUUAGCAUCUACUAAAAUUUUUUUUUUCAUGUAUUAAAGUUUUUGUGAUGCUGGAUACACAGUGGUGACCCCAAGCAAACAAGAGCAGGCAAAGGGGGGGGGGG